AACUCAGGGAAGCCGGUCUCAGGUUAACUAAGUAUCUAUGGGGCGAGAGCUCCUAGUGACCCUGAUUGGCAAGAAUACGAUAACAGCUGCGAACUGCGGUGCGAUAGAUGUGCCUGGACAGUUCAGACGCUGCAUGCGUACGUGUUCGGGAUCAAGGAGGACUCUUGGCGCGCUCGGCAGUUCUCCUUUUCGGACAAUACGGGAGCCUUUGAUGGUUUGCACUUUUCGCUGCGUAUCGACUACUUAAGCGAGUAAGUUAGCCUACUCAGCUUCGACACUUUCAUCUCUUCUAUACAUCACGUUCAUAAGCUUCCCAACAUUCUAUCGAAAAUGUCCAUCGAUCUUGACAACAUUUUAUUCUAUGUGCCUCCUGCACCAUCUGUGCCUUAUUCGGCAGUCAAGGCCACAAAUACCCAGAGCCUCAGUCCAUCUUGUCCGACCACUGAGAGAACCAAGAUACCUUUGUGUGGCGCGUUGAUCUCGGACGAUGAGACUACAAGCCACAUUGAGGAUAGGUUUACUGUGUCAUCUCAACUCCAUCUAGAGCCAACUAUCGACGACACACCCGCCCCUGAAGGCAUGGACCAUCUAUUCUCUGACUGUUGUCCUGUCUCGAGCGAUACUGGCCAUGGCCCGGCAGAGAAGUCGGUAGCAGUGGACGUUACCCAACGAGAGAACCAGCUUGAGCCGGGAGCUUGGUCUUCGAACGAUCUACCAAUCUCAUUGCCCUCUGCAGCAUCCGGCCACUCCACCUACAUGCCUGCCGUGCCUCCUAGCCCUCAAAAUGUUGAGACAACGACCAACCCGACUUUCCCCGAGACUUUAAUCGACACUACAUCGGGGGCCGGCUUUGAGCCUUCUGAUAAAGAAAGCCCUACCAACUUCACUGGGCAGCAACGACGGCCUCCAACAAGUCAAGCGGCCGGUGAUGGUUUUCUGACUUGGCUGCAACCUCAUCAAACCAUACCGGCCAAAAGUACGAAAGCCAGAGAAGCUCCGGAGUCCCCUAGCCAGAAGUCCAACCCGAUAUUAUGUCCGUCUUCGACAGAAACUGAGCCGCCAUUCUCUGCGAGACAAGAUACGCUCCACUAUACUCACCCUUCCACACGCCAACCUAUCCUGCCAGAAGAAAUACGUCAUACGACGACGAACAUCGGCGCCAGAGGAAGCGACCUAGCCUUGGACGACGCACCUGAUCCACAGAUUACAGGCGCCUCCCCGCUGCCGUCACCUCGAAUCCGUCACCGAGUCCGUAAAACACGGCUUCCUGCAGGCGCUUAUGCUGAGCCUGACUCGGAUCCCGAAUCUGGUGAUGAGGAUGGCGCUAAACGAAACAACGACGACAGAACUCGGCCAGAGCCCCCGGGCGAUGACGGUAGUUCUGGCCAACGAGGCCAGUCAAGACAUGAGCGUCGCAAAAGGGACCAUUCCCUAGAGAUUAUAGGGAAAAGCAGGGCUCUCAGACCACGAAAGGCGCCUUCAAGACCAUCUGUGGGAACACGAAUGUCUUGUGCUUCUUCUGAUGACGAACCGGGCCCCGAAGUUCUCUUUGCGCGUUAUGAUGAGUUUUCGCUCCAAAACGCAGUUCUUAAGCGAACAGUUGAGGGAUGUGUAAUUACAUACCAGUUGCAAUGGGAGCAGCCUGCAGAAAGACAACUGCAAUGUCAUUCCUCAGGCAGCCUAGGCUUGAGGCCUUCACCGGGAAAGCCAAGCUCUCCAAGGCAGCCCUCGAGACGCCGAGGUCCGUUUUCAAAGCAUGAGAAUGAGCUCCUUAUUCAAUUGAAGGGAGAAGGCCUCUCCUGGAAGGAGAUUUACAACGGGUUUUCUGCCUCCUUUCCGGGUCGCUCUCUAGGGACGUUGCAGGUUCACUUCUCUACCAAGUUGAAGAGACUGAGGACUAGCUGUUGAGACAGUAUGUAAGAGUAAUAGAAAAGAUUGUACUCGAAAUAAGAAGUAUCUCUACGAGAUCUCGGUGUCAAGGAAACAGGCCGGUGCGCUAGUCUUUACUUUGUUCAAAAUCGCCACCUCAUAUCGCUGAUGAACUAGUUAUAUUCGACAUGAUAGGAUGACACGAAGCUACACACUUGCUUCGAGAUGAGCUGACAUCU